AUGAAAGUUAUUUCAAUACCUCUUUUUCUAACACUUUUUUGUCUCAGUGUGGCCUAUGCAUUGACUUCAGAAUCAAACAUUUUAGAAGUUACCGCAGACUCUCUACAAUCGCUUCUUUCUGAAUCAUCUAACUCUCAGGGCUUUUCUAUCGUACUAUUCUUCUCCCAAUCAUGCCGAUACUGUGCCUUGCUUAAACCAAUUUGGCAAUACAUGCCAUCGCUUUAUGCCUCAUCAUCGCAACUUCAACUUAUCCAAAUCGAUGCUUUGAAACAUAAAGUUUCUUCAGUGUACGGUAUUAAGUCUUUUCCAACUUUGAAGAUAUUCAAAGGAAACCAGGAAAUUUCCACCUUUGAAGGUAGCAGAACUUUGGAGAAUUUGUCGCAGUGGAUCCAAGAGCAAACCUCCAUUGAACCUCAAUGGCCUCAAAGUGAUGUUUGGGAUCUUGAAAGUGAUGACAAAUAUGACCAAUUCAUCCUCGGGUAUUUGACUAGUGCAAGCCAAGAUAUCGCUGAUAAUGAUAAUCCAAUCGUCAAAAACAUAACCACCACAGAAGACUUGAGUUUUUGGGAUUUCCUUCUCUUACAAUACUUUGAACGAUCCAACCCCCUAGUUAUUCCAUUUGUCGCUCCUUGGAUGAACGCUUGGUGGGAUCGUACCGAUUUCUAUGAAUCUGUGGCCACAGAAUCAAGAUUGUCUUCACGAAAUGUGGUCUUUGGCAGGGCAGAUGUAACGAACGCUAAUAAUCGGAAAUUAGUAGAAUGGUUCCAUGUACUGCGCACCCCAACAAUUAUCCGAGUCAUAUUUCCUAGGACUGAAAACUACUGGUGGAACAAGUUACAGAGUGUUGCAGCCGCUUUGAUGCCCAAAAACGCCGAUGAGGUACUCCAAGUGAGAAAAAAGGAUUUGAUCAAAUUCUUCAAAGAAGUUACUGUUGAAUUUUACGGUCCUGAGGAUUUAGGAUUGGUCUAUCCUGGAGGAGAGGUUGAAUUAAUUAGACUGAUGAUCAAGGGAAAGUUAUCUGAAAAUAGACCAAUUCAUAGUUUAAUGGAUAUAUUGAAUGGUAGUGAAUUGAAGUGGAAAAACAGUGAAGAACCUAUAGAGGGGGAAGAGGAAGAGGAGCUAUUUGAUAAUGAUGACGAGUAUUUAAAAUUAAGAGAAUUAUAA